GGUAAACGGCAGUCCCAGUACGCGAGCGCGAUGAAAUCGAUACUGAUCACCGGCUGCAACCGCGGUCUGGGCCUGGGCCUGGUGAGACAUCUGGUCGAGUCGCCGAAACCGCCGGACACCAUCUUCGCGACUUGCCGUGACGCGAGCAAGGCGACGGAGUUACGCGCGCUCGCCGACAAAUCGCCGUCCAUACAGAUCAUCGAGAUAGAUUUAACGGACACGGAUAGCUACCAGAAGGUCGUGGACACGGUGAGCAAGAAGUUAAAUGGCGCUGGUCUCAACGUUCUUUUCAAUAAUGCUGGUAUUGCCAACAAAUUUACGCGUCUCGGCCUCGUAAAGAAGCAGCAGCUUACGGACACUUUUCUCAUAAACACUGUGGGACCGAUUAUGCUAACAAAGGCUUUCCUGCCGCUGCUGAAGAAGGCUGCGGAAAAUUCCAAGGAGAAAACGGGGUUGAGCGUUGAAAGAGCAGCUGUUAUCAAUAUGACGUCUAUCAUAGGCAGUAUUGCUGAAAAUAACGACGGUGGUUUUUAUCCUUAUAGAUGUAGUAAGGCGGCACUUAACGCGGCGACAAAAUCGAUGAGCAUCGAUUUGAAAUCAGAUGGAAUUUUAGUUGCGUGUUUGCACCCUGGAUGGGUGCAAACUGAUAUGGGUGGCAGCAACGCUCCGAUGAACAUCGACACCAGCAUCAGUUGUAUUCUAGAUACCUUGAACUCGAUGACGGAAAAACAUACCGGUUGUUUCAUGCAGUAUGAUGGCAAAAUACUGCCUUGGUAAUAGUGAUCGAGUAAAAUACUUAAUUAAAUGAAAUAUUUUACAAUAUACAUAAUGUUAUAUAUGUUAUGGCCAAAGCUCGUAGCGCAGGCGUUCCUAGGAUUGACGUCAAUGCGCAGAACAACCAAGCAUUUUGGUCAAAGUCCGAAGUAAUUUUUUUAGUUUCUAACUUUAACCAGCCAUGUUAGUCACUCCUAGGAUGGACUAAAAACACAUCAGUCAAAAGCCGAAAUACAAAACUAUUUCGGACUUUGACCAAAACGCUUGGUUGUUCCGCGCAUUAACCAGUCAAUCCUAGGAUCGCCCGCGCUACGGACUUUAACGAUAACAUAUAUAUGGGUUUUUUAAAUACUCCUAAUGUAACUUGAACUCGGUGAUGGAAAAGCACAUCAGUUGUUUCAUGCGACAUAAUGGUAAAAUACUGCUUUGGUAAUAGUGGUUGAAUAGAACACUUAAUCAAAUGAGAUAUUUUACAAUAUAUAUAAUGUUAUAUAUACGGAUCUUUUAAUACUUUAAAUUAAAUAUACAUUGUUUGUAUAAAAGAAAAAUCAUAAAUAUACAUAUUUUAUUUAAAAA